AUGUGUCAAAAUAAGCAAUCAAUUUGGGAAUACGAGUUUUACCCAGGCUCGUCGUCGGGUAUCGGCGAAGGGAUUGCUCUGAAGUUGUCGUCUUUGGGCGCGAAUGUAGUCAUCACUGGAAGGGAUGUCCAGAGAAUCCAAUCUGUGGUCGAAAAGUGUGAAUCACUUUCCAAACGGAAAGCACUGGGAGUUAGGGCCGACUUAACGGUCGACUCUGAUGUCGAGAAUUUGGUUCACAAAACAGUCGCAGAAUUUGGGAAAAUAGAUAUUCUGGUCAAUAACGCCGGUAUCGGAUCGUUGACUAAAUUUGGAUCACCCGGGUAUUUGGAGGCAUACGACACUGUGAUGAACAUUAAUGUCCGGAGUAUUCAAGUAUUGACUCAAUUAGUGGUACCAUAUCUCGAGUCAACCAAAGGAAACAUUAUUAACAUCUCAAGUGUUGUAUCAAUGACCCCGGAGUCAGGUAUGAUGGCAGGAUGCAUUGACAAGUGUGCACUGGAUAUGUUCACCAAAUGCUUGGCCCUCGAGUUGGCGCCCAAAGGGGUUCGCGUGAAUAGUGUCAAUCCGGCGACUAUUCGUACGCCAGCGGUAGAGACAUUGACUGGUAAUAAGGAGUUUGUGAAUAUCGUUGAAAAGUACUGUCGGGAUAACUAUCCGCUGAGACGUAUCGGUGAGCCGGAAGACGUGUCGGAAGCCGUGGCAUACCUGUGCUCACCCGUAGCCUCAUUCAUAACGGGCGCCAUUUUGCUGGUCGAUGGCGGCUCUCUUAGGACUCCUUUGCCAAUAGACGGACAUAUAUGA